AUGGGCGCGAGCGCAUCCACGAGAAUAACCGUCGCAUUCGACGCAUGCUCUAGAGCUACGGAUGUGGCGGCAGCGAAUGCCGCCGCCACUGCCGCCGCCGCCGCCUGGACGCACGCACGCACGCAGGUGUCUGUUCGUGUGCGCGGUGCGUGCGAUCGAGGCCUGUAUGUGAGGCCGGCGAGCGCUGCUGUUGUGUUUGACGGGAAGCGCGAAGCGCUGCAUGCGCGCAGCGCCUCAUCGAUCUCAUCGAACGAUGGACAGGCGCGCUUGCGCACUGUACGCCAAUGCGGGAGAUGGAGGAUGAGCGGUGAGGCCAGGAGCGCCUCGGUGUCUUCGGGGUGCGUCUGGGGUGCAGAGCUGCGAGGCAAGCGGCUGGCGCGUCCAACGCGAGAUCGUUGUGUGUCAGUGUCGGGCGUUUCGUGGCGUGACUUGGCGGUGCUUCAGGGAGUUAUCCACGUGCGAGGUAUCCGUUGUCGAUCGGCGGAGGACGCUGGUUCUGGUUCGCGCUUCUCUCUGUGCGUCACUGAGACAGGGGGCGGUACUGCAUGGCAUCGAUAUUUAAUACCUGGAUUGGCUGAAUCACUUGAAAUGAACUUCUGA